ACUCCUUAGCUGCUCCUCAACAACAACCGGUACUCAUUUGCGUUAGGAAAUAUUUUGUCCAAAACAGCUCUGGUUUGCUCGCAGGCCAAAGGCGGACGUACACCGAGUCAAACAUCUGGCAGCAUUACAAUAUCUACCCGGUCACCACACUUCUAUUUACCAUAGAAUUGUUCUGUGCUCUUAACCGAUGGUCGGGAUGUGACCCCGGAACAGGACGCAACCCCAGAACGACAACAAACCAUUCAAUCUGGACCGGGAGAGGGCAACGGGAGCCGGGGGGAUGAACCGCGAGGAGGCCCCGGGGAAGUCUCCGGAGGAGAUGUAUGUGCAGCAGAAGGUGCGCGUGCUGCUGAUGCUGAAGAAGAUGGGAUCUAAUCUGACCCCGAGUGAGGAGGCGUUUCUGCGGAACUACGCAGGUGUGGUGCACAGCCAGAUGAGCCAGUUACCACAGCACCCCAUUGAGCAAGGUGCUGAGGAUGGGGUGAUGGCCUUCUCCAGAUCUGAGACGGAGGACCGGAGGCAGUGACCUCCAUCAGCACUACCCCCCUACACACCCCAAACCCCUUCAACUACGACUGCGUAACUACAGCUGAGCCUCAGACCGGCCUGGGACGCCGUCAGGAAGAGGCUCCUCCCUCUCUUCUUUUCUCCCUCUCUCUCCUCCUCUCUCCCCAAACACAGCUGGUGCCCCGGCUGAAGUGCAAUAGGGACAGGUCCGGGCAUGAGGAGAAUAAGAAUGAAUCGCUGAAAACGGGCUGUUUUACACUCAUAUUGGGCUCCACUUGGUGUGGAUUUCCUUUUGUUUCCCCUAUUUUUUCCCCUCUUUCUCUUUUUGGAAAUGACUGGAAGCACUCAGGCCGCCCAAGUUGGCCUGAAGAGGAAUUAAGUCAGGAAAUGAUUUUAACAAGAGCCUGUGGUUAGUCGGGAUUCAACCGUCCAAGGUGAACAGUCAUGUUAGCGCCCAUUUGUUAUUUUUUAAUACCAUUUUAAUACACUGGGGAGAUAGAUUUUGUUUUAAGUGCGUUUUAAAGCUUUUUUUAAAAAUAAGUUCUUGUUUUCCCUUUUGGUCAUCUGCUGAAAUCCAGUGGCAGCUGCAUGCUGUCCUGUCCUCUUGCCUGCACUCUCCUGUAAGCUGCCCAAAAUGGUGUCCAGCCCAUUCAGUCAAAUAAGUGGACUCCUUUAGCUUGACAACAAACUCAGAUUUAGAUGAUAGUUAUGAAUACAAUUGGUUUCACUUAAGUUGGUUUAAUUAAGGUGUGUGAGCAGACUCAUUGAUGUUGGAUUGUGUUGUGAAGUACAGACAUAUGCGACUAUUGGCACUGCUGGUCUUUGUCUUAUUGUAAAACAUUGUGCAGAAUAGACAACUACAGAAACUAUGGGUGUAACAAUUUGUGCCAGUUGUUUGAAAUUCCAUUAAUGAGAAAUUUUUAAUGAAGCUCAACAUUUGGUCUAAUUUAUUGUUUGUUUGGAUUUACUAUCAUAGAUUUUUUCCUUUUUAUAGAUUUUCAGUAUGUAGCUAAAUUGUUGAAAUGUCGUACACCGUUCAAUUGAAUGAGAAAUGAACUGAGAUUUCAAAUUGUUUUUAUUGUGCAUUUAUAAACUUUUCUUAGGUCCAUUGUAUUUGUACCUGGUAUAAUUAGAAAUGAGCCAAACAAAAAAAAAUCCUUUUUUGACAACUUAAUCCCCAGUAAGAAUCAGCCAAACACCAAUGCCCAGUUGUGAGUGUUUAUAAUUAGGCAUUUUGGUUCUAUUUAUUUUAAUACUGCCUUCAGCAAACACAGGAGAACUGAAGAUUUCUCAUUUUUUUAUAAAUGUCUUUUGUUUACUGCACAUGGUAAUAGCCAGUUUUCUAAUACUCAGUAUUUCAUACGUGUAUGUAUCUUUGCUGCUUGUGCAAGUUAAUUAUUCAAUAACAGGCAUAACGGACCUGAAGACCUCCUCUGCAGUUAAAAGCAUAUAUUGGUAUUGAUUUCUGACAGUGUUUUGUGAUUUGACAGUCAUUAUUACAGUCAUAAGUCCAACUGAUUUUAAAGACCGUAGACAUUUACCAUCUUUCCAAAGGCAUGGCAUUGAAAUGUUUUUGGGUUUUUUUGGAUGGGGGGGUUUAAACUGACAGACAGUUGCUUUUAUUCCAUGACUAAUUGUGGGAGAUCUUGAAGGUUUACUGUAAAUUUCACAUUUAAAAUAGAAUUUCUCUUAAUUUUACCUAUUGCAAUAUGUAAAAAAGAACUUCUAAAAUUGUAUUCAUGUUCGGUUUAUGAUAUGGCUGACAUUUAUGGUGUGUUUGUAUUCUGUUUUUUUGGCGUAUCGUGUAAUGAGACUAUGGUUCUUCAACACUGAAUUUGCCAACGUGAUUAACAGCAUGCCUUUUACCACUGCAGUGGUGUACCUUUUGAUGUAAUGGACUGUAGAGGACUUGUAUGUGCUUAUAUUUAUGGGUUUUAAAAGAUUGUAUUGCUUUUUGCUGUUUUAUCCCCCUUCGCUUAAAAUUACUGUUAGUAGUGAUGAAAUUGUUUUUUUCUGGAUGGCUUCUGACCUCACAUCGAUGAAUAAAUGCUUCCAACCCUACCCGAUCAAAACCAUGACAGAAACUUUGAAAAAUUUCAUUUGUAGUGGCUUAACAUUAAGCUGCAGAAUUUCACUCUUUACUGUUGCUUAUAAUUGGCACAAGAAUUAUAUCCAUCUUGUUAAAAAAAGUUAAAAGUGCAGUUUUUAAUGCCGGUCUCUGAGACAUACAUGCUGAAAGGCAGUAUACACUGAUCAUUCCCUUUUAAAGUUUUGGUGAUUCCUCACAUUUGUUUUUGUCCUGGACUACAUUAGUCUUUAUGUAACCCAAAUCAUUCUUGAGUCGUGAAAAUUAGUCUCUAAAAUAUGCCAUAAUCUCAGCCCUGCUCCUGUGUCAUUAAGAGUCUCUGGUCUUAAUCUAAAGAACCAUUUCUUCUACUUUGCUGAAACAUACACUACAAAGGACAUUCAAUAAAUAUAAAAUAAACAAUAUUUAAAACAUUUUUUAUUCUUAUCUUCCAAGGCCCCUGUAUUUUUGGUUUGUCACUGUUCUCAUUGGCUGAAACAGGGUCUGUUUUAUCUGAUUGGCUGGAUGUGUACCUUACAUUACUUGUGUAUUUGAUAAGGGGAUGUUCGAGGAGCUACUGGAAUGUUCAUGUGCAAUGAAUAUCUGGGGGACAGAAUAAGUGAAGGUAAUGUUCAAACCUUGAAGUACAAAGAUAAGGCAGCAUGUAAUGAUUUCACCUGGUUGUGUCGUUUAUGUUCCUGGUACAGGAAUACAAUAACCCUCAUUCAGAAAAGUACUGGGGCUAAAAUACAAGAUGAAGUGCCUUUGCUUACAUAUAGAUUGUCUGCUCAAUAUACAGUAGUUCCCCUUUCAACUUGAAAGUGGAAAAUGACACCUUUCACAGUGUGUGACUCCCCUUGGCUAAAUGUUUCUUUAACUUAACGCAACAGGGUGUAUUACACACGGUGAGAUUGUCUGUCAGAAAAGUGAUUAUCACCUGAUUUGCACUAGAUCUGCACUAGAUCAACAUCAAGUGAUGCAGUUUCAGAAGCUCGUAGCAGGAGAAUAGACCGACAGCAGUGUGAUGGGAAUAGUGUCAGUCCAGAAGGAAGUGCACCCAAGUCUGGACCUGAAGGGUGGAGGGGGAAAUUUCUUUCCACGUUAUACAGGAAAUACUUGCACAACUAGCUUGCUGCUCUAGACUCCUGAUCAUGCCAGGGUAACUGCUCAUUCUCAGGAGUUUGGGGUUUAGUAGGCAGAAUUUCCCCUGGAUAUUUACAAACCAAUAAUCUAGCCAAUCGGAUGCCUGCACAUAUGGACUCUAUUUAAUAGACCCUUGUCUGGAAGAUGAUGGCACGUCUCCGUUUAUUGAAUAGAAUGUGGGAACACAGCUUUCAAAAGCUGUAUAAUACACACAAAAAAUCUCAAAAUGCGAUAUGUUCCACCCGUCUUCCCUUAAUUGGCUGCUAAUUGAAAGCCAAUGACAAAUACCUGUAGACACUGUGGCCCUGGCGUUUGACACCUUUGAACACAACACCCCUACUCAACUUCACUUACUACAGGCCACAGUGUCUGCAGGCAUCUGCUUGAACUAUGCACUACACCACCUAAGUGGCUUAUUUUCUGAAAAUAAUGGAUGGUUGAAGUAAAUGCCUGCAGACACUGCGGCCCACAGGAAGUGGAGUUGAGUAGUGCUGCACUAGAGCUGCUUAUAACAAAUUACAUUAAUUCUGAUGAAAUUGACUAUAUGUUCUUGUUUUGCUGUAUAGAAUUGGUUGUGAGGAGUGGGAAUUAAUUUUGUGAGUGCAGUUUGUGUUCUUUCUUGCCUGAUGACAGACUUCUCCAAGCUGAAUGGAUUUCAAGAAAAGGAGAGAUAUAAAUAGUGACCUGUUUUAAAUAAUAUCUGCUGUUACUUUUAUCACAGUAAGAAAAUACCAAUCAAGAAGAGCCAAGGGAGUCAUUAGGCCGACUGCUCGAGACAAAGGAGCUAAAAAUAGGGAACAUUUCCCUUCAAAAACCUUGUUGAAUUAAAUAUGAGUCUAUGUUGAGGGAUAGUGUGACUGCUGCCUUAUUUGCGAAUGACUAUGUUGCUGGUUCACCCCAGCUUUCCUGCUCAUAUUCUUCAUUGUCUGUUUGUGUGUCUUAUAGGAGUGAUUUUUAUUCAUAACCUUUAUUUAAGGUCCGCAAAGUUUGUAUUUUUAACUCUGCUGCUCUGAAAUGGUUUAUUGAUGGACUUGUCUUGUUAUUGGGAUAAGUAGAAAUAAAAAUGAUGUACUGUA